AUGGAACCGCCUCCGAAGCGACGGCGACAUGGCAAGUCGCCCUUGGACUCGACCGACACCGAGGACGAUGAGCUCGGAUUCGAACCGCACGAGGUUCUUGCCAGGCGAGAUCCUGCAUACAAAUUGUCUCUCGAUCGAGCAUACGCCGAUAAUCGCUUUCAAUCGACCAUGGCACACAUUUUCGAGAAAUACGGCCGCGACUUCGAAGGCAUAGGCGACGAGAUCGACAUGAUGACGGGCGAAAUCGUCGUCAACAACGGCCACCUCCAGAACAUGCGCAGCGAAACAGACGUCGGGCUUCGAAACGGGAAUGAGGAAGCGGAGGAGGACGAGGGAAUCCUGCUUGACGAACUCACCGACGACGAACCAGACGGCCUGCUCAUGGGUCCCGGUCAAUGCCACAAGGCGGGACAGGAGGCGGCGGAACAGGAGGCGGAACAGGAGGAUGAGGACGAUCGAAUCUUGCACGGCCACGCCCCUAGCCGGACAUCUACAUCCUUGGUUGCCUUUCGCAGGCCGCAGGCACCACCUAUACUGCCUCCGACGACUAUUGCCCCUGGGCUCCUUGGCACACGUCACCUACCAUUCACGCCCCCCUUCUCAUUUGGCGGGUCACCUCUGGCCUUGGGAAUCUCGCCGUUGGACAUGCGGUCUUUGGGUCUCUUCGGAAGCCAUAUGGCUCCUUUGGAACCCCCGGAUAUCUUUCCGGGACCUUCAAGGCUGCUUCCCACACCCGGCGAGCGGUACGAUUUCCUCGAGCGCAACGGCGGAAGUUCCAUCUGGGCACCAAGCUACCAAUUUAAGGAUAAUGAACCUGAUGGCGCUAUACAACCUCUGCGGCAGCCUCCCGCCAGGAGGACUAGACGGAUGAAGUAUAUCGCCCCCUCUGCUUCGAAGGGGCUUAAUGAGGAUGUCGAUGACGAUAUCAUUCUUGCGGGCAAGAACUUUGGGCACGACCAGGGAUCUAGUCUUAGCGAGACGCAUGAGAGACUCAAGGAUGAAUUAUUGAUAACUGGUGACGCCCCAUCCAGCGAACCAUCUCGGAAGCCGAGGAAGCGAGGAAGGCCCGUGACUAGGACGAAAUCUGUUUCGCACACACCUCAGCAGCAGCAGCACGAGAAAGCUGCGACGCAGACUAAGAAGGGAUCGACAGAAUUGCUGUCCGAGCGGUCGACGUCUAAUGGCAAUAUACCAAUAACUUCAAGGGAGCAUGUGGAGUUUGUAGCGGAUGACCAAGGCGACUCGACCGCAAAACAACCAAGGCAUGCCGAACAGCAAGCUCGCUUUCCGGACAAGAGGCCACGGAAUCACGCGCAUGGCGGGAGACGACGGCAGUACAAAUUGGAGGUUCAAAUUCCUGCCGUGGAUCCUUCGCGUCUCGCCGAGUACAUGGCCAUCGAAGAUGCAGUGAAAUUUGUUGCUGAUUCCGCCGACGAGGCCUCAAAUAACUCUGUCUCGCCAGAGACAGAGGAAAUACCAGAGCCACAAGAUGCUUCCACCAAAGUCAACAGUGGUGUGUCGACGUCAAAAUUACUCCCUGGCCGAGGCCGAAGAGAAGUGGGAACGGCUAGCCAGGCUACGAUGAACUCGGCGUAUAUACUCUCCGAUGAUGAGAUGCCUAUAUUUUUUAAACAAACAUCAACGUCCGACAGGAAAGUGGCGAAGGAUCGCAUUGCUCAGAGACCCUUACCACAUGCCGCAAGCCCGGAACGUGAGGACGCUAUCGCAACAGAGAAGGCGGCAGUGGACGAUAAACAGCUGGUGUCCCCAAGAGCUACCGUAUGCAAGAGUGUAACGACAACGGAAGCGGCAAUUCAAAAGAGAGUCACCAUGUUGAAGAAUGAGCAGACAGAGCGAAUACGCAGACUUCUGGACGAAGUGAAAAACAAGUCCACAGUUUCCAACAACGAUGCUCCUGCAUUCCUCUCAAGAGACCUUCUUCAGUCUACCAGACGGCAGCCAGGGCCAAGAAUGGAGAUAUCUGCACAUCCAUCCAAGAAGUCUUCGGGUUCGAGGGCACCGAGACACGGUGGAUCGAGCAAUGUAUCCGAGCAAGUUGCCCCAAGAGAGGAACCGCAAGUAUCGGAUGAAACAGAAAAGGGCCAACGCAGAGUCGUCUCUACGAGUGUAAUGCCUCCGGAGCCGGCCACUUCUCCGAUCCAGGCUCCUCCCCGCAAGCCCACGGCCAAGCCGUCAUCGCCCAUCUGCCCGACACCCAGCAGGCCCCUUUGUACGCCAUCCAAACCCCAAACGCCCGGUCACAGAUGCAUACCCAUCACCCGGGCUCCCUCCUCCCGCCGCUCCAUCCUCUCCCUUCUCUCGCCCGAUCCGGCACUUCCUGUGGACGGUGCCGACGAGGAGCGGGACCUCGACGAACUGGUCGGCCUCACCGACGUCUUGUCCACUUCAUUUUUAAGCGACUCUGCCGCCCCCUGGAGCAGCAAGAUUUGGAAAUCGAGUGCUCUCACGACCGAGAUUUAUCACACGCCCGUCAAGAAGCGGCCUACGGAUGCAGUGAGUCCCGGGAGCGUCAUCAGGACUCCAGGCGGCACGAUCCGGUCGUGCGGGAUCAACGGAUACAGAUGCGGGCGUGAUUUUUGCUUUACGUGCUUGUAG